AUGACAAACUCCGUGUCUGCAGAACCCCAGGCAGGACAGAUGGAAAGCGGAGGAUCCGAAAGCCCCAAGUCAUCUAAAUGGAUGGAUAUCUAUAGCCAUGCAUGGUUCCAAGUGAUAUUGAUCAGUUUUAUCUGUUUCUGCUGCCCUGGUAUGUACAAUGCUCUCACGGGCCUCGGGGGUUCUGGCCAGGUGGACGCAACCGUUGCUGCCAAUGCAAAUGUUGCACUGCUCUCUGCUACAGCAGCUACGGCCCUGUUCUUUGUCGGACCAAUAUUCUCGGUUAUUGGUCCACGAGCCUGUUGGUUAGUGGGUGGGUGGACAUACGCCUUAUACAGCGCGAGUUUGUUGAACUUCAACAUAAGACACAACGGCGCAUUCGUGAUAGCUGCUGGAGCGAUUCUUGGUGUUGGUGCCUCGUUUCUAUGGGUUACUCAGGGAGCAAUAAUGACAACAUACGUACCCGAGUCGCAAAAGGGGCGUGCUAUCGCCGUCUUCUGGAUUAUUUUCAAUCUGGGUGGCAUGAUCGGCUCCCUGGCUAGUUUUGGGCUAAAUUUCAACUCCAAAGAAGGCUCAGUGUCGAACAGCACGUACAUUGCAACUAUGGUUAUCAUGGUAUUCGGAUGGGUUAUUGGCGUCUUUAUCUGCCCCCCAUCGCGCAUCAAGUUGUUGCAACUACAUGAUGCGGAGACCAACGUUGCGCACCAAUCGAUUGGAAAAAGGCUGUCUACUAUGCUCCAGGCACUCCUACAGGUUCGCGUACUAUGCGUUCUUCCGCUCUUCUUCUGUGCAAACGUGUUUUACUCCUACCAGCAAAACAAUGUCAACGGUACAACAUUCAACAUCCGUACCCGAUCACUUAAUUCAGCCAUAUAUUGGAUGGCACAGAUGUUCGGCGGGUUAUUCAUGGGCUACCUUCUUGACCUUGCGUACUUCAAUCGCCGGCAACGUGCAUGGCUCGGUUGGGCUACACUUAUGGUAACUGGUAUGGUUAUCUGGGGCGGUGGCCUCGCAUUCCAGCGCUGGGAGGAUGAUAGACUUGCACACGGCUUGAAACAGGACAUUGAUUACGCCAAAGAUGCUAAGAUUGCUACUGGCCCGAUCUGGUUGUACUUUUUCUACGGGGCAUACGAUGCCUUGUGGCAGGGGUACUGCUACUGGUUGAUUGGUACCAUGUCUAACUCUGCGGCUGUGGCAGCUGUGUUGGUAGGUGCGUAUAAAACGUUCCAAGCUGCAGGAGGAGCAAUGGCCUGGAGAGUCAAUGCGCUCGGUGCGGCUCCGUUGACGCAGUUUGCGAUGGAUUGGGGUCUCUGUAUCGGUGCAUUGGUGCUAGCUAUCCCUACUGUUUGGAUGGUGACGUUGACCAGCGUUGAUGAGGAUGGUUCAACUGCGGAAGAGAAGAAGAUUGAUGACAGUGACGAUAAGUAG